AUGGCGACCGUCAACCAAGGAGAGGUGGAUUUCAAAACCAAUAUCGCAGAUAAACUAGCACGCCAUAUUGAUGUUUACGUCAAAGAAAACACCAAAUCGAAAGAGUUUAAUCAGGAUGCAUCUGACACCCUUCCUGGAGGGACGACUCGAGCCGUCCUUUCGCAGGACCCGUUUCCCAUUUCUUUUUCUGGUGGUAGAGAUGCGUAUCUGACCUCCCUAGAUGGCCACGAAUACCUGGAUUUUGUGUCUGAAUAUUGUGCUGGCAUGUUCGGGCACUCACAUCCUCAAAUCAUCGAGGCCAUCGAGGCUACAGCAAAAUCUGGCUUUGUCUUGGGAGGGCCGACCCCGAAGGAAGGUGAGCUUGCGAAGCUGCUAGUCGAGCGUUUCCCAAGCAUUGACGCCAUCCGAUUUUGCAAUUCGGGCACUGAAGCUAACACCAUGGCGAUUGCCACCGCUCUCGCUUAUACACAUAGGAAAAAGGUGCUUGUCUUCGAGCGAGGAUAUCACGGAGGCACGCUUUCAUUCUCUCAUGCCAAUCCCCUAAAUCUACCCCACCAAUUCGUGUACGGCAUCUACAACGACAUCGCAAAAACAAAGCAAAAAAUUGACAUUGAGAUUGGAGUCAUCCUUAUCGAACCAGUCCAAUUCGCCGGUGGUGCAGUUCCUGCCGCUAUGGAGUUCCUCCAAUUUCUCCGCGACGAAGCAACGAGGAUCGGCGCAGUUCUGAUAUUCGACGAGGUCGUGACUUCUCGUGCGUAUUACGGGGGGAUGCAAUCGCAAAUUGGAAUCACGCCUGACAUGACGACACUAGGCAAGCACUUUGGUGGUGGACUCCCAUUUGGCGCCUUUGGUGGGAAAAGGCAUAUUAUGGAACUAUUUGACCCGCGAUCGCCUCGGGGCAUCGUAGCCGUCAAGCCUAUGACUCGCGAGGCUCUUGAAAGGACUAAUAGGUACGGAGAGGCCAUACGAACUGGGCUUAGGGAGAUAUUCGCCAAGUCAUCAGCAGAAGCAACUAUCGUUGGCUUUGGAAAUGUUAUUGGGAUACGGCUAUUGGGACCCGAUGGGAGCAAUUUAGGUCGCUUGUUCUACUUUUACCUCCUAAGCAAGCGGAUCUAUAUUGGAUCUCGAGGUUUCUUAGCACUAAAUCUUCUGCAUGACCAGGAGCAUGUAAAUCGCGUCCUAUCUACUACCCAAGAAUUUGCGGAUGAAGUUCUUCAUGAUAGAGCUUAUUUGUAA